AUGUGUACAUGUCCUGAUGGUACUCAAAUAUUACCUGGAGAGUAUCAUUCCCUUACGAUCUGCAAUCUUUGUUAUUGUAAUGAAGAUAAUUUAGAAGCACGAGUAUUAAUUGGUGACUGUUUUAUAGCUUCAUGUGUCGAUUCUGUAAAAGUACCAGGAUAUUGUUGUCCUCAAUGCCCAAAUGGAGAGAACUGUCGAGCUGAAUUUAAAGAUGAUAACGGUGUUGAAAGAAGUGAAAUUAUCAAAGUUAGUGAUGGUGUAGUCAAGUUCAACUCAACUGAAUGUCAAUGCGACUAUCAAAAUUACAAUGGAGAACCAAAAGCAAAUUGUGUACAAGUAUUGAGUAUUGAGCCGGUAAUUGCAGAAAAAUCAACUCCGUAA